AUGGUCAACGAAAUCCCGACGACUCGACUCAAUGAUGGGACGUCCGUUCCCAUUCUUGGAUAUGGGACAGGAACGGCGUGGUACAAGAGCUCCCAAGACACCGAGAUCAAUCGUGAACUGGUAGAUGCAGCCAAGAAUGCGAUCGAGUUAGGGUAUAACCACCUCGAUGGAGCCGAGGUCUACAGAACAGAAGAAGAAUUAGGCCUUGCUAUCCAGGAAGCCAAUCGGCCUCGAGAGAGUCACUUCGUGACCACCAAGGUCCAUACCAGUAUCGCCGAUAUUUCCGCUGCGAUUGACGUCAGCUUGAAAAAGCUGCGGCUUGAUUACGUCGAUUUAUACUUGAUUCACGCUCCCUUCUUUGCCAAGACUGAGAGUGAACUUCAGGCGGCCUGGGCGGCCAUGGAGCAAGUUAAGGCCUCUGGGAAAGCUCGGUCUAUUGGAGUGUCGAAUUUCGUACAGUCCCAUCUGGAAUCCAUCUUGAAGACUGCCAAAGUCAUUCCCGCGGUGAAUCAAAUCGAAUUUCACCCAUAUCUUCAGCAUGGAGACCUACUCUCGUUCCACGAGAGUAAAGGGAUCAAGACCUUUGGCUAUGGAGGGUUGGUACCGGUUACUCGGGCUCGCGAAGGCCCCCUGGAUCCCUUAAUAUCAGCUCUAGCUACAAAGUACGCCGUGAGUGAGUCGGAGGUCCUUUUGCGCUGGACUCUGGACCGUGGAUGCGUGGCAAUCACCACCAGUAAUAAGGAAGCACGUCUGGCGAGUUACCUGCGCUCCAUGACCUUCAAACUCACUCCUCAAGAGGUAGCGGAGAUAUCCCAGCUGGGUCAACAGCACCAUUAUCGUGCGUUCUGGCGAGAGAAGUUUGCGGCAGAUGAUCGAUCAUGA